AUGGCGGGACAAGCCCUCGAGUGCGAGAGCGCUUCCCGAACGGCCGGCCGCUCCGCCCUGCUGGGUCGCAAUGAUCUCUCGAUCCGCCGCGAGGAAAGGAUGCGGCGCUGCAUGGCCGCGCCAGCGCCAGCAGGCCGAGCUCGAGGAGCGCUCGCUCAAGAGGCUGGACAAGUUGUGUCGGCGGCCACAGCCCGCCUCGCCGACCUCGGCCACGGCGAGGAGGCAUCGCUCGAGGCCGUUCUCCAUGCAGGCCACUGCUACGGCAAGCUCAGCGACCCCGUUUCCAACAUCGUCGCCAACGCCCGCACUUAUUUAUCCGACCCUGGCUUCGCCGCCGGCAGGGCUGGUGGCUUCGCCGAACUCCGACGCCUCGAGGAGUACUCCCUCGCGGGGCUCGUCUGCCUCCUCCAGCAGCGGUGCCAUACCCUCACCCGCGCCGAGGCCUUCCGGUGCCUUCUCUCCAGUGACCUCCGCCUCGAGGAGGCGAUAGCCAUAGGCUCCUCUCUCAAUGGUGAACGCUCACCCGCUUCUGUCCCUGCAGUGGAUAGAUGCAUAUUGGAAUUUAGCAUCAGCUAUUGCUAG